GUGCCGUUCGUGGAGUGGUCCGUGAGUCACGCAUCCGUACUUACGAUCCUCGUGAUCGGUCUAGAGCGAUACUACGCAAUAUGCAGACCUCUCACGGCUUCGUACACGUGCACGAAAAUGCGCGCUUGUUCGUGCAUCGUCACCAUUUGGAUCACGACGCUAAUUGUUUCCAGUCCGAUGCUGAUCAUCAGCCAGCUGAGCCGUACGCCUGACGUGGCAUACACGAUGCCGGCCUCAACUCUAACGUCUCCUUUCCCGACUUUUACCUCUACAAUCACACCUAUUAAUUCCGCAACAAAUACUUCACUCAACCCCUUUCUUCAAACUAAUCUUUCACCAAACAGUUCAACAAAACAUUUGGGUCCAACACUUCCAAGUCAACAAUCGUUAGGGACCAGUUUUUCAACCCCAAACGUUAAUCUAUUUAAACCUAUCUCGACUGCAGGACCGACCGUUGAUAUUAACGACUUUAUUUCCUCUGAUGUCACUUACUCGUGUUACACGAGCAUGGAAAGUCGAUGGGCAAAUUUUUAUUAUAUUUCCAUGGUUUUGCUGUUCUUUUUGGGGCCUCUGGUGAUGCUGCUGCUGCUGUACCUCGUCAUAGCGCAGCGUCUCGUACAUGACACGAAUACGGCUGAGUUACAUCGCAAGAGUGACCUGCCCAACAUGCGUGCUAGGAAACAGGUGGUUGUGAUGCUGGUGACGGUGACGAUAUUCUUCUUCGUAAGCCUCCUGCCGUUCCGUGUGCUCUCUCUCUGGAUGAUAUUCGACUUUGACACAUUCCGACACCUCGACUCUGCGACAUUCCUACGUUUAUUGUACUCUACCCGGCUGCUGCUCUACCUCAACUCUGCAAUCAACCCUGUGCUCUACAAUUUAACCUCCACCAAAUUCCGCGACGCGUUCUGGCGCUUCUUGACGCGGUCUGCGGCGCGCGACAUGAUGCGACGCAGUACCUUCACAACCGCAACGUCUUUGUCCAAUGGCCGGCAAAGUUCGGCGCGGUCGAGCACGACAGGACAAAGCCCACGUAACAGUUUGAGAGCGUCUUUUAACCUCUAUAAACAAUCUUCAUUGACGAACUUUUCGGUGCCAGGAAGGCAAUUGAUUGCUAGGUACGGGCGGCAUGGCAAUUUCGAGACCUCCACUUCCACGUCGACUUAUUCACACGAAAGAGAGAAUUCCCGAAGACUUCAGUGUGCACAGAAAAAUAAACAUGGAGUUGUAUCUGUAAACAAGUUGACUGUUGAUUAUGGAGAUUAUUGCUCUAAGGAGCUGACUUCUUUUAGUGAAAUGUCCGUACUCCCACCCUUAACUGAGGUGAGUUCUAACACUCCAAGCGUGUCUCCUCAGAAGGAAAACUUAGUAAUGAAUAUACUAAAUUUUUCCAACUAUAGCGUUUGUGAUCAAGCUGAUACAGACGAAACUAAUGAAGUUCAGGUUUGAAAGUAUUUAAAACCUGAAUAAUAACGUUAUCAGAAACCGAAUGUAAUACAUUUAUGUAGAUCAAAAGAAUGCAUCUCAAUUUAUGAAUAGCCUGGAAAGGCUUCAUCUUCCUGAAACUAUUUUAUGACCUAACAAUUUGUUUCAGUUAAUCAAAUAAUGUCUUGAGGAUUUAUGCUCAACUAAUUAAUUAUCGUUAUGUAGUUUGCACUUUUUCAGUGUAAAAGUUUAAAUUUUGUAAUGUGA